CCUGGUGGCUCUGAGCACGGGGGCCGGGCCGUCAGAGGGGUCAGAGGAGGCAAGGCUGAGCCAUGGGGAAGAAACGCGACGUCAUCCUGGAGGUGCUGGAGAACCUGGAUCCCAGCGAGCUCAAGAAAUUCAAGCUGAAGCUGGCCGUGGUGCCGCUGCGCGAUGGCUUUCGAAACAUCCCGCGGGGGUCGCUAGUGGCGCUGGACCCCGUGGACCUCACUGACAAGCUGACGGCCUUCUACCGCGAAGACUACGGCGCGGAGAUCACCGCAGAGGUGCUGAGAGACAUGGGCAUGCAGGAGGAGGCAUUCCGGCUGCAGGAGCUCCAAUAAAGACGGACGAGGAUGAGAAUUACGAGAUUUUCAGCAGAGGAAGACGAUGGCAGUUUCUCCACCGCGGGGACAGAGGACCGCUCCGUGCCUCCGGACCCCGCCGCCUCCGCCCACCCUUGCACCUGUCGUUUAUUCUUCCACAGGCGAAUAAAUGCUUUGUGACAGAC